AUGUGGGCUUCUGGUGUCGACCAGCUUCGGACCAGCUUGGCCGGAGCGCUAGACGGCGCUGCCGCGACCCAGGAGGACCUUGCUGGCGGAGGCACUGGGAGGGCUACGGCGAGGAGGCGUAGCCGGGUGCAGGGUCUGAACGGGCUCGACAGGGAGAUGGAGGCGUCGAGUCCGAUGAUGCCGCUAUCGUCUCGUGAGGGAGGGGGACGAGGAGGGGCGAGGAGCGGGAGCGGGCGGGGGCGUGAUGACGACGGCGGGAUGGGGUUGGGGCCUGAGGACGAACAACGCUUGUCGGACGUGGUGGAAACCCUUCGAGCGAGACUGGAGGAGGCGUCUCAGUCUCUGUCGGGCAUGGAAGAGGAGAGGGCGCGGCUGGAGAAACAGGUCGAGUCCCGGGAAGAAGAGAUCGCCCGCCUCGGCAGGCAGACCGGCAGCGACACCAACAUCGAGAAGGUGACUCUGGCGCACGCUUACGAAGCGAACCAGCGCAUCGUGGACCAGCUGAACGACCAGGUCGACUUCUUGAACAGGCAGCUAGCCAACAGGGAAGCCCAGCUGGCAGAGGUCCGAGAAGAGGCGUCCAACAGGGGGAAGGCGGAGCCGAUGGCGACCCCGGCCGAGCUGGAGGUGACCCGUCUGCAGACUCUUGCCCGCACGCUUGAGGAAGACAACGCUCGUCUGUCUAGACGGACCGCAGAACUCGAGAACACAGCGUCCGCCCACAGCUCCGGGAAGGGGAAGGGUGAAGAAGGAGGGUGGGAGGAGGUCGGGGAGGGAGCGCACGAGCGGGCACGACUCGAAGAGACCUUGGCCGCGACGAAGAAGGACUUGGUAAAGGCAGCGGCGGCAGCGAGCGAGGCGACGGCCGACGCUGAGACUCUUCGGAAACGCGUGGCGUCCGUCCAAGGGGAGGUUGCUCGGCUACAGGGGGAAGCGGCCGCCAAGACCGAAAGGCUGGAACAGUUGUCACGAGAGCGGGAGGAGCUCCUGGAGAGGCUCAAGGCUUCCGCAAAGGACCUAGAGAGCGCUGAGGUCGAGGCUGCGAGCGGAGCUGCAAGGGAGAGGAAGGCGGAGAGGCAGCGGGGAGAGGAUGCUCGAAGAAGCAGGGAUGCUAUGGUCAACGGUCUAACGACAACGGCGUGCGUCUACACCAGUACACCCUCCAUCUUACCUUUCCUUUGGCACAGAGCGACGACCGAGCGCCUCUCCAUCGUGCAAGAGCAGACGGAGUUUCUUGCCGAGGAGGCCGAGUCCGCAAAGGCGGGAGAAGGGGUCGCGGCCAAGCGCGCAGCGGCGGCGGAGGCCCGUGCCGCCGAGGCGGAGCUCGACGCGGCGGCCCUCGAAAGAGCGCUGCGGGCGGAGUCUCGCCGAGCGCUGGGGGCGGAGGGAGAGGUGGCGAACGCGAGGGAGGCGGAAUUGGCUGUGGAGGACCUGAGGGAAAGAAUGGAGAGGUUGCGGUCGAGGCUGGAGGCGUCAGAGGCUGCCAGGGAUGCCCUGAGCGAGGAGCUGGAGCGCUUGGCUGGACAGGGCAGUCUUCUUGGCGUCGAGCACUUCGCGCAGUCGAGCCGAGUGGGUGCUCUAGAGCGCGAGUCUGCGGCUCUCAAGGCCGACCUCAAGGCCAGAGACAAGGACGUGGCCAGCCUCCUGGAGCAAAAGCGGACUCUGGAGGAGGAGGUUUCAAGGGCGCAGAGGGCGUUAUCGAGGGGGGCGGUUGAGACGGCGACGAUAGCGCAAGGGGAGCUGGCCCUCCAGGCAAGGGUGGAAGAGGCCACCGACGAGGUUAGAGGACUGAGGGCUGAGGUCGGCAGGCUCACGGAUGCCCUGUUAGCGGAAGAAAGAAAGGCCGUGGCGGCCAGAGACGAGGCCGACCGUCUUGCGACGCGGCUAUCUCACCGCAGUGCAGGGUUCGAGGGCUUGGAGUCGGAGUUGGCUUCUUCUAGGGCGGCGCUGGCGGUGGCCAGGGCUGAGUCCACGGAGCGGGAGGGGAUGCUCGCGAGGAUGGAGGCGGAGGCCGAAAGAUCGAGGUCGAGCAUGGCGGCCUUGGAACAGCAGGUGGUGGUGUCCAGGGAAGCCAUCUCCGACAAGGACGACGAGGUCAGGCGGCUGAAGGCCCUCGCCAGGCAGCUCGAAGGGUCCAGGGAAGCGCUCAAAACCUCAAGCGACGAGGUGCGCGCGGCCCUCCGAGACGCGGAGUUACGAGUGGGCCAGGCGUUAUCGGCAGGGGACAGCGCCAAGAGGGAAGCGGAGUCUGCCAGAGCAGAGGUGGCGCAGCUGAAGAGCGCGCUGACGGAGCUAGACGCGGACCGCGAUCGUCUGCAGGAUACUCUGGACAAGCAGAGUGAGAAAAUGGCAGAGCUGCGAACGGACGGCGCGCGCUGGCGUUCGCAGGCCAGUCGAAGAGGCGGAGGAGCGCCUGAGAGAAGAGGGCUCAAGGUGCUCCGAUCUCGAACGAGCACUCGAAGACUCGGAAAGGAGGAGGCGAGCGAGAGCGCGGCGGAGAGUUUGCAGAAGACAGAGGCGUUGUCGUCUGCCCUGGAGGCCAAAACCGGGCAGCUCGCGGCGGCGACCGAAGACUUGGAGAUGAUGGCCAAGGAGAACCAAGCGGUGACGUCAGAGUUGACACGGUUAGUGGCCGAGAGAGACGACGGCCGCCGCAAGCUCGGGGACGCCGUCCACAACCAGUCCACGGCCGAGCAGGCCGCUCGUGCGGCUCAAUUCGAGAAGGAGGACGUGCUUAAAAACUACAGGGGUUUGCACGCCGAGAAGAGGCGGUUGGAGGCGGGGAUAGACGAGCUCCAGCUCACGCGUCAACGCCUCACCAAGAGCUUGGCGGCGCGAGACUCUGAGGUGUCAAAGCUGAGGUCCUCGAUCACGGCCCUGGAAGUCGAGCUGCAGCGCAAGAGCGCGGAUCUUGGAGCCGUUCAGCGACAGGCGGAAAACCUCUCGACGCAGCUGCUGAGGGGCGGCCGGCAGGUGGAAGCUUUGGCUGGGGAGAACCGCAGGCUGGUGGCAGAUGCACGCGCUCAGCGGCACCACGCGAACGCCUUGCUAGAGAGGAUACGGUCCCAGCAGGGGCACAGCACCACCGCCGGGCAGGAAGUUAUUUCCCUCAGGGCUCGCUUGCAGGCCCUAGAAGAAGAGCGGGACGGGCUAUCCCACAUCCUGGGAAGGGAGAGGAGCCACGGGUCGGGGCUGGAGCAGCUGAUCGAGGCAUCUCGGUUAAGAGAAGCCAGCGUGGCGGCCGAGCAGAGGCAGCUCGCUAGAGAGAAGGACCGCUUGGAGAGCAAGGCGGCGAAACUCGAAGAAGAGCUGAGUCAAGCUAGGGACUGCCUUGCGGACAUGUCCUCCAGGAUGUCGAUGUCCAGGACAGUCUCGCGGCGAGGAGGAGAGGGGGAGCGAGACACCUCCUCCUCCAACGACCCCGCCACCCCUUCCACCCCGGCCUCCUCCUCCAACAUGCUGGAGCUCUCUCCGGGCUCCGUCCAGUUCGCCGCUCAAGUCGCCUCUUCGGGUGGUGCAGGCGGCGGUGGUGGUGCCUCGACUUCCGGGUUGGCAAGGGACGGGACCGCGGCAGCCAGGCCCGCGGCGGCGGCGGCGGCAGACGAGUGGCGAGCUCAGCACGAACAUCAUCAGCGGCAACAACGUUCUGGAGCAGGAGACGGAGGCGGGAGCUCUCUUUCAGGGGGCAUAUUGAGGUGGGCGCGCGGCGGCGGCGGCGGCGGAACGUUGAUGGGGCAGCAGGCGGAGGGACAGCAUGAAGGACGCCCGGCUCCUUCCUCGUCACAAGGCGUAGCUCCAGCCGAAGCGGGGUCAGCCGUGCACUACCGCGGGGCAGGGGCGCCAAGUCUGGAGGAAUACGAAAGUGGCGGCGGCAGCGGUGUUGGUGGAGGGGAGGGGGCGUUGCGUUUCGGGAAAGGAGGGGGGGGGCAGGCGCAGGAGGAAGAGGAAGGAGAGGGGGACAGCGGGGUCUUCGACCUGGAAGAUGUGAGGGGAUUCGUGCGGAGGGAAAGCCAGAGGUUGAGGGAGAGCGUCAGGGCCGGCCGCGCGGCCGCGGACAACGGAUGAUAAACCAAAUAGGCCGGUUGGGAAUGCGAGGUGUUUGGGUGGUGCGCUCGGUGCAAGUGAGAGGGUGUAAGGGCGAAGAAGGAGGAGGGGGCGCACGUGUGGUGCACGGUUUUUUCGUAUCGGCGCGCUGGGGAUGGACCAGAGUCAUACGCACAAGUCAAACAGUAAUAUGUGUAUGUGUGUCACAGUUUUGCCCAGUCACAUGGAGUAAGCAUUCCGUAGGUGAACCUUAGUGAAUACAGGGGGUGACUGGUCGUGGCGUCCAACGAAGCGUUUUCUUGCAUGCAAGUCGCACGUUUUCUAGUGUGCCCCGAGUUGAAAGUCUCUUGAGUGUAUCGAGGAGGGGGGGG